AUACUACCCCGGGUAGUAAAACAUGUAGUCACUUCAAUGCUGCCAAAACGUUUUCCAGUUGUCAUGGAGAAUUACGACCCGUACAAGUCGGCCGAGCGACAAAUGAAAGAGCUGCUUGGCCUGUCUGAUGACGACGACGCCCUCGUCCACUCUCUCGUGCCCCAGCCUCCCUCUUCUUCCACUGCUCCUGUCCUCAACUCCUUCAAUUCGGCUUUCGCCAAAUUUGCACCCAUCCAGUCUCCCAGCCACAAUUCCAAUCGCUCUCCCGAUUCCGAUUUAGACAACGACUUUGAAAGACUCGAGGCCGAAAGUCGUGUUACUCCGACGCUAGCUGACAGAUGUGACGGCAUUGUUGACAAAAACUUCAAUCCGAUGAGCUUGAGCACUAUUAGUUUAUGUUCUACAAUCAGUAUCGAAUCGUUCGAUAACAGUAGAAAUAAUUUGAGAAAGGGUAUAAGUUCUAGUGCUAAAGUGCCGAGCUGUGAUAGGAAAGCGCAGCUACCUCUUCAACGGUCUGUCUCUGUUGUGGAGACUCCGCGUCGCGGCCGAGACUUUCUCAAGAGCAACCUUAAAAUGGAACAUCUUCUUUUUGGAGUAACUGGUAGUAACCAUUACAAUAACAAUAAUUUCAACGACAACUGUGAUGUGAGUGAUGAUAGCUCCUCUGACAACAAAACCCUGAGAUCGUCGAACGAUUUGUUGAAAAACAGUAACAGUUCGUUGGCUGACACUAGUCCAGCUGAACAAGAACUGCUCAAGUCGGUGUCAGAAUUCGAAAAGCUUUUUGCCAUGCCCUCAACUCUCAAUCCUUAUUCUCCUCUAAUUCCUAACUCUAGUCUUUCCAAUACGCUCACACCUUUAGACCACAUCGACAAGCAUCGAUCUCAAGCCAACAAGUUUAUCACUGACUCCGCAUACAACAGCAUGAACCGCAAAUCGCCGCAGCAGUCGAGUCCGGUGGAGAUGGACACGUGCUGGAGUGGCGGCUCCUCGGAGUGCUCGUCGACUCGCGGGGGGGCGGUUGCUGCGGCGGUGGUGGGGGUGGGUGCGUCUCAGACCGCCAACUUCUGCCACGAAUGCGGAUCAAAAUUCCCCGUUCUGGCUGCCAAAUUCUGCUGCAACUGCGGGGUCCGAAGGCUUGUCAUUUAGGAAUCAAUUGCUGUUCACUCUUCAUGUGCAAUCAUUAAAGUUAGUUUCGAUGUUCUCUCUCAACGAAUUAAUUUUUGUAAGCCAUUAUUUAUUUCUUAUCUAUGUAGAAUCAUGAUAUUCAUUCUACUUUUAAUAAUUUCUUUAAGAUAACUAAAUUGCAAGUAUUUUUUAAUCUUUUAGGUGAAAGUGGCCUAACAAAAAACUUGAGUGGAUCAUUCAAAUAUCCACAUUUAGUUAAUGAAAUAAUUAUGAUUCCAUUUUUGAUUAAGCUAUAAUAAUACCGGUGAAAUUUUAAACGUGAAUAUUGAUGAAUUGAUAGAUAAGUGUCCCUGUUACAUCUUGAAGAAGGCUCACUGGUAGGCAUAACAACUUCUCAUCAUAUUUUCUAGCACAAUAUUGAACAAAUAAUGUAUAAUAAUUCAACUUCCAAAGAUUCCGCCCAAUAUAUUAUUUUAUUUGAUUUUAAAUUACUUUUGCAUGUUCUCUACGUUAUAGCGACUCUAGACUGAUAUAAUAUUACUAACAAGUUUUCAUAUUUUCUUGUAAGCUUUUACAUUUUUUUACUACAAUUUUUAAUCUUAAUUUAUUUUAGGUGGCUCUUCAUAAUAAAUGCACGUUAAAUAAUUCUUAUUCAUUUACUUUUAAUAAUUAUUUUUAAAAUCAUAAAUUAAUCUGUAAUAAGUCAUUUUGCUACAACUUCUAAACUCUCGUAACAAGAAAUUGAUUGAGUUUGAUUAAGUUAAAUCUUUGCUAAUUCAUCUUCAAAUAACUUUUAUUAAUUUAAACUUUCAUUAACAUGUAUAUUUCAAAUUUGAAAAGUAUUUUUUUUUAGAAAUCUAGGGAGUUUAAUAAAUAGCAUAAUCCCAUUCUUCGACUGGAAAAUUGAUCAAAUUUAGUAAUUUUCUUUUGGGAUUGUCCAACUGUGCCUUGAAAUGUAACAAUCUAUUGAAUUACAUUAACAUUUAUAUGAUUGUAUUUUAACUACAUACUUUUGGGAAUAUUAGCAUUCAAGAAAGUCUUUUAACUUGAAUAGAAUAAUUUCUAAUUCAGUAAUUUCUCUUAAUAUCUCCAUAUAAAGCCUCAUAAGGUGUCUAAUUUGAGUAUUUAUUUUAUUAUUUAACAAAUUGAACAAGUAGGGCACUGAUUAUCAUCGUUCAGGAUUGUUGAUUGGUGCUAUAAGAUAUUCCUCAAAAUGUAUUAACAGUUCAUUCAAAUGUUAUAUUGUCUAAAUAUAUUCACAAGCGAUCUUUGACUAGCUUAAGAUACACAAGAAUAAAAUUUAUUUUAGAGUUAUAAACGUAUCCGGAGUCUCAAUUUCCAUAAUAAUUGGUGACUGUUUACCGAAUAAAGUCAUACCUUAAUCUUUUGUUAUUUUAGAACUCGAUUUGAAUCCAAAGUUUGAAUAAUUUUCAAUUAAAAUCUCUUGAUACAAGCCUACAAUUAGACUGCAUUAUUUUCAAUUAUGCAACUAAAUUUCCAAUCUCUGGAAGUUUUCCAAUAAUUUAGUUGACCUUUGGAUUUUUUGAAUGAGAAGUACGGUACCGUAUAACUGAAUGCUUAGGUACCUAUUCUCAUGUUAUAUUAAGCAAUUCAUUUAUCAACUGACAAUUAUUUACUACUUAACCAGUUUAUUACGAACAAGUUUUAUCAUAUCUCUCUACUACUGAGGGUGUAGCAAUUUUAAUCCUGAAUGUUUUUCUCCUGCUUUUAAAUGAUAAUUUGCUUUCGUUUUCAUAAAGACAUAAAUAAUUUCGAUGAACUGUUCUAUUUAUUCAAUAAUUUCAAUAAAUUGAAAUUUAGCACGUAAUCAAAAUGUUGACUGGUUUGGUGUGUUAGAAACUACAUAUAGUAAUGUAGUAAUAUUUUUGGCGAGUCUGAUAAUUUUUAACUUGAAGGGAGUUAUAUCUAUUAUUUUUCUACCAUUUUUCAUUACAUUAGGCUUAAAAACUAAUGAAUGUAUUAUAUUCCUCUAAAAUCGGUAAUAUUCAUCUGAAAAAUCAACUUUGGAAAUUACCAUUUAAAAUAUCAACAAAUUGAUCUGAUAGUAAUAUUCCAAAAAUACAUUGAGAUAACUAUGAUUACAAGAUUCUUAUUAAAUUCACAUAAGUUAUAUAAUAUUUAUAAGUUUGCAUGGCUUUUUUGUGAAUUGGAUAUUAUUGAUUGUUUUAUGUGAAACUAUAAAAAUUUUGAUGGAACCAAAGAGUUUCAAACUUUUUCUUGAAAUCGCAAUGAGUUCCAUGUAGAGCUUCAUUGUCUCAAAGUUUUAAAAUCUUCAAUUUUGAAAUUUAAUUGAAUCUAAAAUUCAGCUGUGCCUGAUAUAGUAAUAAUUUUUCAAUUAGGUUUAUAGUAACUCUAGAAAUAAUUAACGUAACAAUAACUGACACGUUUGUUUUGAAUAGAAGUUAACUUGUUGAAUAGUAUUUAAAUCGAUUUUGUCCAGAUUAAAAUUUUGACAAUAAGAGAGGUUGUUCGGUAUGAGCUCAGUUAGAAAAUAAUAUCUAAUUUGUUCUGAAAUAGAAAGAUUAUUGUAAAUUAUGGUGCUCUCAUGGAAAUAGUUCUACUUUAGUGAUGAAGAACAAUAAGUCAAUCCAAUUGCUCGAACCUGUAAGACUACGUAGAUUCCGUCCAUAACUUGACUCACUAUUUAGACUUAAUAUACAACAAUUAAAUGCUAUUUAACAAAAAAUCAUUAGUAAACUAUUUAUUCACAAGUAUAAUAAUUUAUUGAAUUCUAAUGAUUCUCAUAUACAUCGCCUCAUCAUUCAUUUUAUUUCUAAGGAGAAUCAGUUCUACAUAGCUUCCACGUCCAAAAUAAUUCCAUAUUUCUACAGGCAUUUAUGAAUUGAUUCUGAUUUAAUUACUCCUAGCAUGUAGUAAAUUACUCAAUGAUUUGUUUAAUAUUUUACUGAGUACGGUGCUCGGUGCUAUUAUUAUUUUGGACUUCAAGUUUUAUACAAUUUUCAAGUGUACCGUUAGCAGGUUAAGUUACCUGUCAGUCUGUGCUUUUAAUCGUUAGAAUAAUGAUAAGAAUAUUAGUAUUACAAGUUUCAAAUAUUUCUCAUUGUUUGAAUUAAAUUUGGUUCUGGUAUUGAUAUUAAAAUUGAUGCACAAAUGAGUUGAUAAUUUGCCCAGUUGUAACAGACUGAAGAUUGAAUUUAACAAUGUUUUCAAUUUUGUGUUAUGAUGAUUGAAUUGUCAAGUUCGUAAAACUGAUUAUUUACCAGUAUUGAUAUAAAUCCUUUCAACUGAGAUGGUUUUAAUUUGUAUUGCAUUCAAGUCUGAUUUUUCCAAUCUAUUAUUUCUUGUCAAAACUUACUUGACACUCUUGACUAAAAGGAGUCAAGAAAUCAUAACAUCAAAUUACUGUGUUGAUUAUACUAUUUCUUUGCUUUUUCGGUUCUAGUUAUAAUAGUAUGACAAGUUUUUAUUUAUUAGUUUGAAAAUAGUCUGUCCCUUCUGAAUAUGGAAAUCCUACCGUGAGAUGUAUUUUUCAUUAGAAUACUCUUCAAGUACGAUACAUUUGAAAUUGACCUAAAAUUUCCUGCCGGAAAUACAGUCAAUCGAUAAUACUAAUGAGCUUACUGUUUGUAGAUAUCAAGUUUUUGUGGUUUUGGUGUGAAAUGUUUGAUGUCUUUCGAACCUCCAAGUUUCCAGUUCAAAUCCAUUCCUUUCAACAACAUUGCAAGUAUCUGAGUGGAAAUAUAUUAUAUAUUUUAAUGUGUCAAUGUUAAUAUUAACGAUACUUUUUUAUUGAGUUGAUCAAGGUUGUCCUUCAAACUGAAACAGGUUGAACUUUUUUCAUAUAGUUAGUUUUAAUAUCUAGAUUUAACUAGUAUGCUUGGUUGAAAGAUAAAAUCGGGAUAUUAUAAACUUUGACACAAGUAUACGUCUCACUGAAUACAUUCCAAAUACAAAAGUUAUUUCCCCACCUUUGAAAACUUUAUUAUUUUUGUUAGAUGAUUUCUACGAAAUAGUCAUUUUCCAUGAUUUGUUCUAGUAUAAUAACAUGCUACUUGAACGUCAUCUACAAACCAAUCUUAAUCUAUUUUCGCUCCAAGUAUGUAAAUGUUUGUUUUCAGCAAACACUGAACUGACUAGUUGAGUUCUAUGUUUAUUCUUAGUUCAUAUAAUUAUCAUUAUCCUCUUCAAAUUCAUUCAGUAUUUGUUUAAAUAAUUUAUAUUAAUUUAAUGAUUAUUGACAGCCUUGCUUCAUUUAAAGACCAUACAUCAUUCUAUUCUGUCUUUUCAUUAUUUAACUAAAAAUCUAUUUUACUCAAUGGUGAACCCUAUUCUAAUAUUACCAGGCAUCAUUGAAUCAAUGAUGUCAGUUAUGCAGUUAGAAUGCCUAAAACCACUUACCAUAGGACAGCCUAACAUACUACCAUACAUUAUUACACAGUUAGCCAUGGAUCUAGUCAUUUUAAUCUAUUUUAUAAUUGUUAUUUUAUUUUAUUGUUAAUCUGUAAAAGUUCAACUUUUUUGUUAUAAUUGGAUAUUAAUAAUAAUAAUAAUUGUCACUGUCAUCAUCGAAUUCAAUUUCUACCACACUUAGGAAAUACAGUCGAAUCUUUCAGAUCAAUGUUUUUUAUACAAUGUAUUUAAGUUGUAAGUUUAUAAUCGAAAUCUUCCCUGCUUUAGUUUAAUUACUGUGUUUUUUGCACGAUUUGUAUUGCCAUAGCAUUUAGUUUUUAUUGACUUCUUUUGAUGUAUGAUAUUGGUGCUGAGAGCAUAAGUGUUAUCAGUUGAAAUAGCUUAUUGAUAAAAAUGAUAACUUUUAGGAAUGCCGUUUGAAACGUUCUGUAUAAUAUCAUUCCAAAGGUUUCACAACAAAGAUCAUAAAAUCUUUCAUUAAUAUAAAAUAACUAGUUUAAAAAAAUAUAUUUUCACCAUUUAUCCUGUGUCGUGAUUAAUUUGAUCUAUUUGUAUAACGGAUUUUCAUUUAAAAAUAC